AAUUUUUUCGAGGAAGCAUGAACCUGUAACGCUGACAGAGGUUAUAGUUUUUUGUGGGCUAGUUUUUCUUCUUCUUUUUUUUUCUUUUCAGAAAUUAUGUCAACCUAAUUCCCUUGUUUCAUUCCAACUUAAUAUAAUGCUCUUUUAAUUUUCAAAAUAGGUAUUUCAUAGUCAUGUAAGAGAUAUUGAAUCAUCCACUUGGAAAUCAGUUGAGUGUAAAAUUGCACAUUUAGCUUAUACAAUUAUGUCUACAUCUGUCCAUGAACAACUCCUUGAGACUCUUCUUUUCUAAAAAAAGAGAAGAAGGAAAAUUGGUUGGGGGUUGGGGGUAAGGAAACGGGGAAUAUGAAAGGGCUUGCAACGUGGGAAAUAUAACUCUCACCAACAAGAUGGAGUUCAGAUAGUCAACCAACUAAGCUACUAAGAUCCCUUAACUCUUUGCGACUCAUGUUUCUUUCCUCAUACUUCUAAAAUAAGUACAAACAAAACAUAUUUUCUACCUAGACGAAUCAAUAAUACACAUUUUAAUUAAUCAAAGGUUAGAUGUAUUUGGCCCCAUAAUAGGAUCAAGCGUGUUUCCACCGGAAGCAUAAUCUAAUAUUUCUUUUAGAGUUUAGAAGAAGUUCACAACGACCAAAAGUCAAAAUUUACUAAUAAUUGAGGGACCAAAGAUGCUAUUAUCCCAAACUUAAAACAACCUCAUCACUAUUGUUCUGUUACUUAUCCAAACUGUCUUAACUACCAACAAUGUCCCUUUGGACAUGUACACUCUCUGUUUCCCCUCUUAGUGUUUCUCUUCAACAUCCUUCCUAUUCACUUACCCAAAACCCACCAAGAAAACUACCUUCUUCACUCACAAGUACACUCAUUUCCAAGAAAUAUCAACAAGAACUCACCUCAGAAACACCCUCUGUAGCUCCAUGGAUCGAUACUCUUCGGUCCCAAGUACGCUUAAACUGCUUCAAAGAAGCAAUCUUUACAUAUAUACAGAUGAAUGUUGAAGGCAUUAAGCCUGAUAAUUUUGUUUUCCCUGCUGUUCUGAAAGCUGUUACUGGUCUUCAGGACUUGAAUCUUGGAAAACAGAUACAUGGGGCUGUUGUUAAAUUUGGGUAUGAUACUACAUCAGUCACCGUGGCGAAUUCUGUUAUCCAUUUACUUGGGAGGUGCGGUGGGAGUGUUCAUGAUGUUUAUAAAGUGUUUGAUAGGAUUAGUCAGAGAGAUCAAGUUUCUUGGAAUUCUUUGAUUAAUGCUCUUUGUAAAUUUGAGGAGUGGGAGUUGGCAUUGGAGGCUUUUAGGUUGAUGGGGUUAGAUGGAUUCGAGGCUAGUUCAUUUACGUUGGUGAGUAUGGCACUUGCUUGUAGUAAUUUACCUAGGACUGAUGGGUUGAGGCUUGGAAAGCAAGUGCACGGGUAUAGUUUGAGAGUAGAUGAUAGGAGGACUCAUACAAACAAUGCUUUGAUGUCUAUGUAUGCAAAACUAGGAAGAGUGGAUGAUGCAAGAGCUGUUUUUGAGUUGUUUGCUGAUCGGGAUAUUGUUUCGUGGAAUACUAUUAUAAGUUCUUUUUCACAGAAUAACCAGUUUCAAGAGGCGUUGGAUAACUUUAGAGUCAUGAUACAAGAAGAGAUAAAGCUUGAUGGAGUCACGAUUUCAAGUGUUGUUCCUGCUUGUUCUCAUCUGGCUUUGCUGGAUGUUGGGAAGCAAAUUCAUUGUUAUGUUUUGAAGAAUGAGGAUUUGAUUGGGAACUCAUUUGUUGAUAGUGCAUUGGUUGAUAUGUAUUGCAAUUGUCAACAGGUUGAAAGUGGGCGUCGAGCUUUUGACAGUGCCUUGAAAAGGAGCAUAGGGCUUUGGAAUGCUAUGCUUGCUGGCUACACACAAAAUGGAUUCUUUACGGAGGCAUUGAUGUUAUUUACAGAGAUGGUGGAAUUCUCUGGGCUAAAUCCAAACCCGAUCACUAUCGCAAGUGUUUUGCCUGCCUGUGUACAUUGUGAAGAAUUUACCGUUAAAGAAGUCAUCCAUGGGUAUGUUAUUAAAUUGGGUUUCGCAGAUGAAAAGUACGUGGAAAAUGCACUGAUGGACUUGUAUUCUAGGAUGGGAAAGAUAAAUAUAUCAAAGUAUAUAUUUGACAACAUGGAGAGUAAAGAUAUAGUUUCAUGGAAUACUAUGAUAACCGGUUUUGUAGUUUGUGGAUACCAUGAAGAUGCACUUAUUAUGUUACGUGAGAUGCAAACAACAAAAAGAAACAAUGACACUGAGAAUAAUGUAGAAUUUCGGUUAAAACCUAACUCAAUAACCCUCAUGACUGUCCUUCCUGGUUGUGCCUCGCUGGUUGCUCUAGCAAAGGGCAAAGAGAUACAUGCUUAUGCUAUUAGAAAUGCAUUGGCAAUGGAUGUUGCAGUGGGAAGUGCAUUGGUUGAUAUGUAUGCAAAGUGUGGCUGCUUAGAUGUUGCUAAAAGAGUUUUUGAUAGCAUGACUACCAAAAAUGUGAUCACAUGGAAUGUUCUCAUUAUGGCUUAUGGGAUGCAUGGAAAUGGAGAGGAAGCGUUAGAACUUUUUAGGAUGAUGGUGCUCGAAGGGAAAGUGAAGCCAAAUAAUGUUACCUUUAUUGCAAUUUUUGCUGGAUGCAGUCACUCAGGCAUGGUUGAUCAAGGUCGGCAAUUAUUCCGAAAAAUGAAAAAUGCUUAUGGUAUUGAACCAACUGCGGAUCAUUACGCCUGCAUUGUUGAUUUGCUUGGUCGAGCAGGCCAUCUGGAAGAAGCAUAUCAGCUUGUCAAUGAGAUGCCCCCUGAAUACAACAAAAUGGGCGCCUGGAGUAGUUUACUCGGUGCCUGCAGGAUACAUCACAACGUAGAACUUGGUGAGAUUUCAGCAAGGAAUCUCUUCGAGUUAGAUCCACAUGUAGCUAGUCACUAUGUUUUACUCUCCAACAUUUAUUCAUCUGCUGGGAUCUGGGAAAAAGCAAACAUGGUACGACGUAACAUGAAAAAUACUGGAGUAAGAAAAGAACCUGGAUGCAGUUGGAUUGAGUUAGGAGAUGAAGUUCACAAGUUCAUAGCUGGAGAUGCAUCACAUCCACAAAGUGAACAGCUAUAUGGCUUUCUCGAGACUUUGUCAGAGAAGAUGAAAAAGGAGGGUUAUGUACCAGACACUUCCUGUGUUCUUCACAAUGUUAACGAGUACGAAAAGGAAACUCUACUUUGUGGACACAGCGAAAAAUUAGCUAUAGCUUUUGGUAUACUCAAUUCACCUCCUGGAACCCCCAUACGUGUUGCAAAGAACCUUAGAGUAUGCAAUGACUGUCAUGAGGCAACUAAAUAUAUCUCCAAGAUUGUGAGGAGAGAGAUCAUUGUUAGGGAUGUAAGGAGGUUCCAUCACUUCAGUAAUGGAACCUGUUCAUGCAGGGAUUAUUGGUGAUAUAGUAUGUUCUGUAGAUUUAUACAAGUUUUGUUUAUAGAUUCUUUUGAUAUCCAAGCAUAGGUAAAUGCAUCAACUGUAACAUGAUUUGUUGAUUAUAUUGUUGAGAAUAACAUUUUGCAACCUAAA